CUUUGUUAUUAUUUAUUUAUUUUAAUCAUAAAAUAUGAUUUUUAUUUGUGAUUUUGCUAUCCGAGUUUCGACAUGUUCCAGUGGGUACACGAAAACGUUGAAGGUACUGAAAUUGAGGUCUUGUCACUGGCACCUUUUACUCUGAAUCCUAAAAUUAUAUUUUAUAAUGUUCCUCUUGGUACUUCACAAACCAGAAAAUUACUGAUACAGAACCCAGCUAAGCAAGGAGUUAAGAUAUUUGUGGCAAAAACUUUACCAGAAGAGUUACGUGUUACAUUGAGUUGGACCGCAAGCUACAUUGGGCCAGGUAGUGGAAAGAUUUUGGAAAUGACCUGGAAUCCAGUGGAUGGAGAAGCAGGAAUAUAUAAUUUUACUUUGACAGAUGGUAAAAGAAUCAACAGGAGUAUAAGAGUUACUUUAAAAUCUGCUGAAGCAGAACGAUUCAAUGCGAAAGAAAAAGAAAAACUUCUGGAAAAUGACAAGUUAGUAAAAGCUGCUGUCAAAAUACAAAAAUGGUAUAGAACUAUAAAUUUGAUGAGGGAAAGAAGAAUAUGCAAAAUACUCACUGACAGCUAUAUUGCUGUAACGAUGAGAGCUACAGAAUUAGGUACCGCAGUCAGGCCACCAAGGUAUGAGGUUUUGAACAACUGUCGAAGAAGUGCUGCUGUUUUCGAAAAUUCAAAGCCCGGUUCAUCGUAAGGAAAGCGUGGUUUCGAAAACUACGAGUCUUGCCAGUGUACAGGGUGUCCUAUUUUUGUGAGUUUUACAGGGUUUUUCGUUUAUGAGUAGAGAUACAAAAAUUCUGUUUUCUCGUCACUUUGCUACUUUUUUACUGAAGAUGUUACACAAAUAAUUUGUCCUAGCCUUUUUGGUUCCUGAAAUACAGAGGGCGUAUUUGAGAUUGAUGCAUUUUCUGACACCCCUCGUAUCUUGGUUAUCUUAUAACUUAUCGAAAAGAUGAAAAAUAUGUCCUGUAGAGUUUUCACGUAGAAUCCAGUGGUGUAACUAGUUUUUCGCUGGCAGUUGUCAUUUUCGAAAUAUGAAUCUCAACCUUAUGUUUUGUUAAAGGGGACACCCUGUAUAUUAUUUUUUCGUUUUAUUUGCCUUGUUAUGAGCUUUCCAAAAAUAUUUUAUAUUCUGUACUUAUUUUCAUAAAUAACAUAAAAAAUGCAUUACCUAAAUUUAUAACAUAAAUCAAUUUAGUUUAACAGAGUAUUAUUAUUUCAUUUAAUUUAAUUUAACUAGAUAAUUUUGCUUUUCAUCGUGUUGUCUUAACAAACUGAACUGAAAAUGAACUUAAGCAGCUUUUAGAUAACAAGCUGUCAAUCAGAGAUAUUGAUAUUUUCGAUGAAUUUUUUGUGCAAUCAAAUCGCACACAAAAACUAGCGUGGAAUAGUCAAUAAAAAAUAAUUGAUGUAGAAUAAUGUGUGUAGCAUCUUUAGUUUCAUAAAAAGUAGCACAUUUUAUUUCUACUUAAACAGGGCGUCUCAAAAAACAUAUGCUAUCUUCCGCGGAGGGAUUCCUCACGUAAAAAUAAGAUUCAUUUUUCAUAUUAACGUAGGUCCGAUUCUGCUUUAUUUCGUGGCUACAAGGUGUUCAAGUCUUA